UUACAAGCAAGUGUUGUCGGACGUUUUGUAUUAUGUCUUGUGGGGCGGUAUGUUUCAUUAAGUCAGUGUGAUACGGUUUCUCAGGUUCAUAAAGUGAUUGGCAGCUGAGCCCGUAGCGUCGUGAGAGAUCUCCCACAUACUACAGGAUACACUGAGCUCGCCGCCACAGUACACACUGACGAUCAAACUAUACACGUGAAACCUUCUGGAAACACCAUAUUUACACGAAUGGAUUACAUGUUUUGAAACUUCUUUUGGAUUUUAUUUUGAAAUAUUUAGUGAAAAUGUUAACGUCAAGCUCUCAAUAUGAGUAUCUUCACCCUGACUACCUUCAGCCAUUACCUACAACGUUGGACGCCAAGAAGAGUCCGCUGGCAUUACUUGCACAAACAUGUAGUUCGAUAGGAAAGGAUCCUACACCAUCAAAACCUAUCAUACCGUCACUGGGGAAAAAAGACAAUGAGAAAUCCCGCGACAAAUCGGAGUCUCCGGACACCAAGCGUCCCGAAUCUUCCAGUAGUAAGGGCAAUGGGCGUGACUCUGUAGACAAACCCGGAUUCAGGACUAUUCCGUCCAAGGACAUCCCCCCACUUGUCCCUAUUCCCACGUCCAGUGACAAAGCCAGGUCUCCAUCAAUUUCUCGUGAAUCUAAAUCCAACGAAAAUGUGGCUUCAUCAAUUGUGUCUUCUCGUCCGGGAUCACACUCAUCUUCAGUGACGUCAUCAUCAACGACGACUGUUGUUUCUUCCACGCGGACAAGCAUCAGUUCUCAUAAGGAGAUAGACAGUCGUGAGAGUAUAUCUACGUCAGCAUCUGCGCUUAAACCCGGUAGUCGGCCGUCCCCGGAUCAUGUCUCCUACAAACCUUCCAGCCACCCCUCCGCUGCCAGCUAUGCAGGGUACCAGCCAUAUCCUCCUACCUACCCGGGAUAUCAACUCAUGUCUCCUCAUGGACUACCAGUUGAAUCUGCGGCAUCCGCUAUGGGAUACCCAUCCUCCCUGACGGCUCAUGGGUACGCGGCGGCCGCCAAUGCUGCUGCAGUUGCAGCAGCUCAAAGUGCCGCCUCUUUAAAGCAUGCGUCGGCGGCGUCGGCUAUGUCUCCGUACGUGACAUAUGCCCGUGUGAGGACUCCGGCUGGUGCCACCACUCUUGUACCCGUAUGUCGGGACCCUUACUGCUCUAACUGCCAACUGACAUUACAAACUUCCCAUCUAUCAUCCACCUGUAAUGCUCCUGGAUGUUCUCAAUGUGCUCACGAGAAGUCCCUCCAGAGCCUCAGUAGCCUGGGGGGGCUGGGGGGCCUACCCCCUAGCGUGUCGCUAUCCGUACUCCCGGGGUUUUCAGCAGCGAGUGCUCUGUCGUCCAGUGCUGCAGGAUUGACUUCUUACCCCUCCAUUUCGUCUCUGUAUCCUCACAGUGCUAUGAGUGCCCAUCAGGGACUACCCUUUGUAUGUAACUGGGUAUCGGCAGGCAACGAGUACUGUGGGAAACGUUACACAACUUCUGAAGAACUAUUACAACAUUUGAGAUCACAUACCACGCCCUCAGACUCUUCGUCUUUGGCCGCGGCUUACGGCAGCCUCAGUGGUCUGGGGGGACUGGCCGGCUUACAUGGACAUUUGACCGCCCCCGGGAGCAUCAGUCCUAACUCCCUCCGACGGUCGUACCCAACAAGUCUAAGUCCAGUGAGUGGACUUUUAGGGGCCAGCAGAUAUCAUCCCUACAAGUCCCAUAUACCAGGUGCUCCCGGGGCCCUGCCUCCCGGACAACCACUCCCUAACCUCGGACCUUACUAUUCACCAUAUGCUCUGUAUGGUCAACGAUUAGGGGCAGCAGCUGUUCCCUAAAUGCUCUAACCUUUACGUAACUUAAAUGUGAUUAUUGUUUUCCUAAGGAAAUCCUGGAUAUAUACACGAAGUCCAUUUUAAAUUUAACAAUGCUCAUUAUGCAGAAAAGUUUCCAUAUGUGAAGAUGACAGACUUGAAUGGAUUAUUAUCUCUAUAUGGAAUACAGUGCAGAUAAUUUACUACACCGUCAUAAGACAGUGAUACUACUUGUUUGGAAAGGGAUCAAUCAAAAAUAUCACGGAAUAAUUAUUCAAAUUCAUUAUUUGCAUAUUGACUAUGAUGACUAGUACUGUGUUUUAUAAUGGCCCCGGUUCUAUUUUUACUAUUUAUUCCCUAACUAUUGAGACAUAUAGAUAUAUAAUUUAUUUGAAAAAGAAAUAAGUUUCUAACUACAAAUAAAUGGAUAAUAAACUGUUACACUGUUGAUGUGCCAAUUAAAUUGGAUGUGUAACGUGUGAAUGAUACUAAACACGUGAGUGCUAUAUAUACGUGUGACAGUGCUGACUGUGAGGACACCGGUAUACAUGUGUAAGACUAUUGUGAAUGGCCAAGUAUCGGAUUCUUGUUUGUAUGUUUGAUACAGAAAAUCAUAUUUUAUUAAAAAUAUUACAUGAAACUA